GAAGAUGUCAGAAGCUGGUUCAGUAGAUUCAGAGCAUAGCCGGCUACUGGACGACGAGACGUCACGUGCUGAUUACUCAGGGAGGAGAGGUUCAGUUCACUCACUGGAUAAGUCUAAUAAAGCUGAUGUCCUGGAGAUUUGUGAGUUAACAGAAGAAGGUGAGAGGUUUGAUACCCUGACCUCGGCUACUUUAGCCUGGAGAGAUGUACACGCCUCCACAGAGACGUACACUAAAGCUCCAUGGUGCAGUAACAAACUGGGCAAAUACCUUUGUCAGGACAUUCUUAAGAGAGUUUCUGGUCUGGUCGAGCCAGGACAGUUUGUUUCCAUUCUAGGACCUAGCGGAGCUGGAAAGACUACAAUGUUGAAAACCGCUGCAAUGAUAAGAAUGGAAAAUGUGAAAGUUACAGGUACAAUUCAAGUGAACGGAUGGCCUAUAGAAAGCUCCCAGAUGUCACUGAUCAGUUCUUACGUUGACAAAGACGAUCACUUUUUUGGUGAACUAACUGUGCGGGAGACGUUUAUGUUUCAUGCAAACUUAAGACUAGACAGACGGCAACGAUUAGCAAAAAGAACGGAGAAGGUUGAGGAAGUUAUCGAAAAGCUGGGACUAAAGAGCUGUGAAAAUUCACUGGUCGGUAAGGCAAGAAUCGGACUUGGCUGUAUUUCAGGUGGAGAAAGAAAGCUGUUGUCCAUUGGGCUGGAGAUGUUGACGGAUCCAUUGAUUCUGUUCAUAGACGAACCAACACUGAAUGUGGAGUAUUUUGAAGCUGAAAACGUUGUGAGGACUAUAGCGAGUUUAGCAAGUGUUAACCGCACAGUACUGAUGACUAUGAGUCACCCUAGCUCCGAGGACUACUCCCACUUUGACAGGGUUUGUCUGAUGGCUGAGGGAAACAUAGCAUUUUUAGGAACAAGUGAGGAUGCAGUAAAACACUUUGAGAAUCUGGGUAGACCAUGCCCAGUAUUGCAUAACCCAGCUGAUCAUUUUAUUAAAGAGCUCACUAUCAAGAAGGAGACUCAGAUAGAAGAUAUUGGAAAAAUUGAGUCGUUUACCAACUACUACAAAGAUUCUGACCACUACAGAAGAAUGGAUGAGGGAAUCUCUUACACAGCCAAAAUCAAUACUGUCAAGCCUAAUAUCAUCAGUCGGAAAGUUCUAACAGCUUCAUUUGUGGAACAGGUAAAAGAGAACCUUAAGAGCGGUUACAUCGUAGCUAAAAGGUCUCUUCCUGAUGGGUCUCAACAAGUUAUUCAAACUGUGGCAGUUGGUCUAAUAUUGGCGCUGGGAUUUUUCCACACUAAGAAUGACCAGCAAGUUGCGCAGAAUAAAGCUGGAUUACUCUUUUUCUUCGUUACAUUCCUGGCAUUUUGUUGGUCGCAUGCAUCCACCUCGUUGAUUCCUCAACAAUUUCCAGUGGUACAGAGGGACUACAAACGUGGGAUUUACGGGGCGUUCCCUUACCUCCUGACCACAAUCGUAAUGGCGUGUCCAUUUGAGCAUGUUCUAGUGGGAAUACAACUUAUAUUCUUCUACUUCUUCACAGGACUCCACAUCUCGCUCGCAGCUUUCUUUAACUGUUACUUUAUCAGUAUCUCAGUGGUUUGGGUCUCUUCCUCAGUCAGAAUUUUUUGUGGCUCCGUAAUGAAGACGGUGGAUGCAGCAGGAAGCUUACUGUUAGCGAUCACAGUUCCAAGUUUUUUACUCGGAGGACUCUACCAAAACGACAAUACAACCCCGUAUUGGUUUAUGCCGUUCAAGUACCUAUCUUGGAUAAGGUAUGCAUGGAAUGCCAUGAUGGUGAAUGAGUUCCGCAACGUUGAUCAUAUCGAAUGUGACGUACAAGAAAUCAGCUGUCAAUUUAACAACGGUUCAGAAGUUCUAUCUUUCUACGGAAUAGAAAAUAACAUCUGGUUGCCCAAUAUCGUGGCGAAUCUGUCUCUAGGACUGGGAAUGUGUUUAUUAGCCUGGUUCAGCUUGUGGUGGAGACUAAGGAAAUGAAGAAAAGAAAAAAACAAUUUUUUGAGAAAAGACAAUUUUUUGAUCGGACACCUCAAAUCAUACUGUAUAUAAAGAUUUUGUGAAUUCUUUUCUGGCUAUACUAUCAGAUAUGUCGACUGAUGGUGAUUUGUGUGCCCUGGAUCCCGGGAGUAUGUAUACAAUUAUACUUGAAGACGUGGUGAAACGAUUAACGAAAACGGAUACCCGAAGAAAAGAUAUGCGACUAAUCAUAGCACUUUUUUUAAUCGAUCAGUGCAUUAUGGAUUAAAAAACAUCAAGAAACGUUUAAAUACUCAUCAAUAUCUAAAGACUAAUAGUAAUCGAUUUAACUUGUAAUUGCAGUUGAACGUAAAGUUAACUUUUAUUUGGACACAAUC